AUGAUUUCUGAAUAUCUAAUAGGAAUCGUUCUUCUUAUUGCUGGGAGUUUCUUUCAAGAGUUUGCCUAUUUUAGGAAAAGCGUGAUUUCGCUUUCUUCAACCCGGGACUGCUCAACAAGUAGGGCAACAUUACUUUUGAUAUUCACUAUAGGACUUUCAUUGGAGAUUACAUCAUUAGCUUUGAUUCCCUUAUCAACAUAUAUUUUGUUUGGCUGUGCCCAUCUCAUUUGCUUUAAGUUAAAUCUUAUCAGUGAUGAAAAUAGAAAUCACAGCUCUGCUGAAUACACUGGAACCGCUCUUAUGACUUUAGGGCUGAUUGUGGAGUAUAUGUUUGGUGCACGCCAAGAAGAAAUUGUUGACAUAGAUGAAUUCAAUAAUAUCAUCAACGGGAGCUAUUUUCUAUGAAUGUGUGGAAGCUUAACUCUUAACUUGACAAUGAGAAGACUUGGAUUUUACCAAGGCAAAGUUCUUCUUGAAACUUCAAUCCCCGCACAAAUUGCAGCUUUUGGAUAUGGAGGAUUAAAAAUCUGCAUGUAUAGCAUAGAAAUGUAUAUUUCCGGAUACGAAUUUUCUAUCUACCUAUUUAUAUUUAGCGUUUUUGUGAUUACUGAUCCCAUAAUUAAAUAUAGUUUCUCGGCAGGGCAUGGUCUUCCUACUAUGCAUCCCCGAGCAUAUAUUUAUUCUGUAUCUGGCAGGGUUUUGCCAAUCCAGAAAUUGACAACAAUAUCAAGUAAACAAUUCAUCAAAGGCAGAGCCUGAUUCAAGUCUUCUUUUAGGAUUGGAUUUUAUCUCGAGGUGAAGGAAAGGCUUCGAGUUGGAAACGGGAGAGCAAGCGGCAUCUUUUGUUCCUUCGGGCAGCUCUCUAGCGUGAAACCAAGAGUUACGCCUUGGACUCUGAGUUGGACCUUUUGCCGACAGUCGGCAGAAAUUCCAUUUUUUGGAAUUUCUGUGGAGGCAACCUACGUUGUUGCCCGAGAGCUGGAAGGACAGCCGUCGAAAUCUGAGCGCCCGAAUCCUAGGGACCAUUCAGCAGCGAAGCCAGUUGGUGCUUGGCAUAGUGGUAGAGCGGGGAAUCCCGAAGCAGGGAUGGAUGCCUGCGCAGAUAAUAUGCCAUUGAACAUUAAGCAAAGGUUCGACCCUUAAACUAAUUAAUAUGUGUGUGAUUACUAUAUCCCUUUCUUCAGUCAGUAUUUUUCUAUGGUAUUACUCAAAACAAUAUGAUUUAGUUGUAGUAUUAGGUGGAUACUAUCUUUGGCUUAUAUGCUAUGCCCUUCCAUUAGGUGUACUUGUAGUAAGUGGUGGGGUUCAUUAUGACUUCAAAACUUUAUGCAGCCUUACUGUAUCGACUUCUCUAGUUACUUUGGGAGGAAUUUUGCAUACUUACUACAGAAUGGAAUAUUUACAAAAUUUUAAGAUGAAUAAAGAUGUGGUGCCGCCGCCUAAGCCAAGUGGAGCACUCAAAAAAGAGCAGUCAGAAGACACUGAAAAUAUCGAGUUAACAAUAGAAGACGAGAACUUGAUGGACUCAGAGAUUGUGGAUGAAGAUUCGCUCAUAAACAAUAUCAAAAACAUCUAA